GUGAAAAAGAAAUCAAAGAAAAAUUCUAAAAGUAACAUAACGCAAAGCUUUGUAUACGUAAAUGAAAAAAGGUGAAGGUGAGACCACAAAAAAAUAGCAUAUGAGAGCAAAAGCAAAUACAUGAAAUGUGUAGCAGCGAGGUUAAAGCAAUUUUGCGGAAAGUGAAAAUUUGUUGCCAAGUUUUAUGUUAGAGUGAAGCAUUUAAAUUUUGUGAAUAUUAUUGCAUGACUUCGGAAAUUAUAUUUUUUUUGAAAGAAGGAAGGAAAAAUAUGUUUCUUACGAAAGAAAAAAAUGUAUGCUAAAAAGUGUCAAAUGCAGUGACAAUCAGAAAUGUGCAGUCCCUUGAUGAGCGUUAGACGAAAAGAGACAAACAUAUAACAGCGUCUCGAGUGCCCAGUGUGUGUAGAUUUAAGUCUCAUUUUCGAUAUCCAAAGAAGAAAAAGAAAAAAUUAAACUUCCGGACGGACAUCGUCGACUUUGCCAUCGUUCGAAGGCGACGGAGAAUUCGAACAAGAUUGUUUGUGUAUAUAUAUCGCGUUGGGAAGCAGAAGGGAUACAUAAUAACUAAUACACUGUAAGAGACACAUAACACACACUUGCAUCCACAAUUGCUCCGCCGCCAGCGUGUAAAAAUUCACCAGCAUCAGCACCACCACCACAACCACUACCCCCUUCCAAGUAGAACUAAAAUCUGAAUUUAUUUAACGAACAACAACAAGUUGUUAUAAAACAUAGGACGCCCAAAAGACAAGGAAAGGAGGAGGAGAGAAGAGGAAACGCCAUCAUCAGAGGGUGAGGCUCUGAUCUGAUCACCUCUCGCUCGCUUGUGCUGCAACAGCACAUCGCAAACAUAAGUGUAACCUGCACAUACACACACACACCCACCCCCCCAUACACAUACAGACAACACAAUGGAGUUACGUGUUGGCAAUAAAUAUCGUCUUGGACGCAAAAUUGGCUCCGGUUCCUUUGGUGAUAUCUAUUUGGGCACAACAAUAAACACAGGCGAAGAGGUGGCCAUUAAAUUAGAAUGUAUACGCACCAAACAUCCCCAGUUACACAUUGAAUCGAAAUUCUAUAAAAUUAUGCGCGGCGGCAUUGGCAUACCGCGCAUAAUAUGGUGUGGCAGUGAAGGCGACUAUAAUGUUAUGGUUAUGGAGUUGUUGGGCCCCUCCCUGGAAGAUUUAUUUAAUUUCUGCAAUCGCCGUUUCACACUGAAGACGGUACUGCUGCUGGCCGAUCAAAUGAUAUCACGCAUCGAUUUUAUACAUUCGCGUGAUUUUAUACAUCGAGACAUAAAACCGGACAAUUUCCUAAUGGGCUUGGGAAAGAAGGGCAAUUUGGUGUACAUAAUUGAUUUUGGGCUGGCGAAAAAGUUCCGUGAUUCCAGAUCCAUGAAGCACAUACCAUAUCGGGAAAACAAAAAUCUAACGGGCACCGCACGCUAUGCAUCCAUUAACACACAUUUAGGAAUCGAACAGUCAAGGCGUGAUGAUCUCGAAUCAUUGGGCUAUGUAUUAAUGUAUUUCAAUUUGGGCGCCCUGCCCUGGCAAGGACUGAAAGCGGCAAAUAAACGACAGAAAUAUGAGCGUAUUUCCGAAAAGAAACUAUCGACCACAAUAGUGUCGCUGUGUAAAGGCUUCCCUAGUGAGUUUAUCAACUAUUUGAACUACUGCCGGCAAUUGCAUUUCGAACAACGCCCCGACUACUGUUAUCUACGCAAACUGUUCCGCAAUCUAUUUCAUCGUCUGGGCUUUACAUACGAUUAUGUAUUCGAUUGGAAUUUGUUGAAAUUCGGUGGACCAAGGAAUCCGCAGGCCUUGCAACAGGCCCAAGAUGGCAAUGGCGGACAUCAGACGGCCCAAGAUGGCAAUGGACCACAGACGCAACAACAACAGCCCACACAGCAACAAGCACAUCAGCACAAUCAAAACCAAAUAAGCAGUGCUGUGGCGGCCACAGUAGGUGGCAGCGGCGGUGGCGCUGCACAACAACUGAUGAGCACUGGCGGUGCUGGAGGCCAAACAUUAGUUAGCAGUAGCGGUGGUGGUGGUGGUGGCGGCAUAAUGGGUGCAGGCUCCCAAAUGCUGGUUGGCGGCGGUGGCAACGGCGGUCUCACCAUGGACGAUUCAAUGGCAGCCACAAAUUCAUCGCGCCCUCCCUACGAUACACCUGAACGUCGUCCCUCGAUUCGCAUGCGCCCUGGCGGUGUUGUACAACCGGGUGGCGUGGUGGCCGAUAUAAGAAAUGCAAAAUAAUAUCUUAUCUUUUAGAUUUCUAUCAAUCUAUCAUCUACUAUUUCAUAUAUUAUGUUUAUACCUAUCUACUAUCUAAUAUAUAUAUAUACUUGCGCUCGUCACUAAAUUUAGACACUUGGUUUGGGGGAAGAAAAAAAAAAACAAAAACCCAAACAAAAACGAAGUGGCAACAACGGCGGCACACAACGAGAACGCACUUGUUUGAUUGUUUGUUGGAUGGUGAGUGCGCCUUCACAAUAUGGUGUCUGUAUGAGGCCCCUGUGAUGAGAUAAAUCGGCUGUCUGCACGUUGGUUGUUUCGUUUGUCUUGACUGUCUUGGCUGUCUGUCUGUCCGUCAGCAGCAGUAUAGUAGUGAGCAAGUGUGUAUGUCAACACCACUCCUCCCCAAAAACCAUGCCCCUGCCCUUACCACCACCACCCUAAACUCUCUCACACACACACACACACAUACAUAGAUACAUACAUACAUACAUACAUCUAGUUUGUAGAACCUUGUAUAUUAUUUUUAGAUGUUUUUAUUAAUUUCAUUAUUAACAAAACGCAAUUAUAAGUCUUUACUUUUUUUUCAUAGAAUUUGUGAAAAAAAGGAAGCAAAGGAAAACAAAAUUUCAUUUAAAUGUUCAAAGAAUUAGAAUUUUUAUGUUUAUUUAUACUAUAAUGGAAAUAUGCAAUUAGUUACUCUUUUGUUAUGUUUUUUGUUUUAAUUGCAAAUUCUUAAGUUUCAAUGCAUAGGAGAAACACCAGUUUAAAACAAGAAGCGCUUGAGGGAAAUCAGGCCAGACUUGCUUGUUUUGCCAUUGGACGCCAACUCUCCCUUUGAUGAGUGCUCAGUGUGUGUGGACAACAUUCAAGAGGAGUGAAAUUCUAAGGCAAGUUUAGCUUAAUUUUCUUCUCAGCAGCUAUUUAAACAUGGGUUUGAACUAGAUUUUCCUUUUUUGUUUUUUUUUUUUAAUUUCCCCCACUUACAAAAAAAACAAAAACUAAAUUCAAUGUAUAGAAAUGCUUUAAUUUGAAGUGAACAGAAACAAAAACAAAAACUAAUUUAAAUUAAAUAAAAAAAUAUAAAACAUAAUAAUUAAAUAAUUAAUUAUAAAGCUUAUUGUAAUUUUAUACAAAUAAAUGAAGUUUAUCCGAAAAAGAAAACAGAACACAUUAAAACCCUAAAAAACAACACUGUAUCACACUCUCUCUAUAGAAAGAUAUAUUAACAAAACAGAAAAUAUCAAAUCAAAGUCUUAAAGAUUUUUAAUUUUUCCCAAAAUCCUGCUAUAAAAAAGGGUAAAAAAAAUAUUUCCCUAAAAGGCACUAUAUAAGAAAUUUAAAAUAUAUAUUUUUUUUUUUAUAUUACAAAAUAAGUUUUCAGACUCACACCAACACACAUACACAACUCUAUAUCCCAGUAUGCAGAGAAAGGAGCAUAUCUUAAAUGUGUAUUAUGGACCGCCCUUAAAAAAUUCACUUUCUCCCAAUCUUUUCUUUGCUCGUUCUUUUCUUUUCACCAAUCGACUAGAAAUCCUUCAUUCAUAAAUAUUUUUGUGUAACAAUAGAAGUGUAUUUUUUUAACAAA